AUUCAUAUCUAAGAAUUCUCCAAAAAGAUAUUGUGAGAUUACACUCAUCGCCUAAUAAAUGACAAAAACUAAAGCUAAGAUUUGAUAUGAUAGAAUUUUUCAAAAUAUAAAAUUGUUUUUAUGUUUUGUUUUUAACAACUAUGCAUUUCUACUUUCGGUUUCACAACGCAAGAUACACGCAUCUUGGCUGGAUAUGGCGUGAAAAACAAAUUAUUAUAAAAGAAAAUGGAUGAACACAUGAUUCUACAGAAAUGAAAUCAUCAUGGACAAAUCAGGUUCUAAGUCAAUCAACAUCAAAGCUAAAGGUGGUUCCAUCACUUCGGGGCAGACCACAGUGACAGGAGAUUUUCCUACAGAAUCUCAGGUUCCGGAAAUCUCAGUCUCAGGUGGUAACCAUGGAGGGACCCCCAGCGGUGGAAAUUUAACGAUUGAAGCUCUGGAGUCGGACAUUUCUGUGGCUGAAAACACAGCAAUUCAUAUCCGUGUCCAAUCUUCAGGUUCCGAUCUCUCGAGCAGAAGUCUUUCUACAGACAGUAGCCCCCCCUUCUCUAACACGGAGGACACAGGGGCCACAACUCUGCACUUCCUGGUCCAUGAGAAGGGGAAGUACAUACAGAUAGGACAGUGUUGUGUUAUUGUGGAAAUGCAUGUUAAUGAAAGUCUGAUGGAGAAAUUAAAAUCUGAAGGCACGCUGGAGGUUGACACCCAGAUUGGGACCUCCGUGGUGACAAUGAGGUGGAGAGGAACAGAGAACACUAACGAGGAACUGGGGACCCAGAUAAAGCUGCGUCUGACCUCCUCCCUGACCGACAGCCUCGAAGAUUUGGAGAGGUCAGUUCUUGAAGAUCUGGUGAACAAUCACUGUGAUAAAUGUCAAGCUGUGGUGACCUACCUUGUGAAGGAGAUGAAGGGUCGGCUGACUGAGGUCUCCCUCGGGUGUCUCCGACUCACGCUGCUGUUUACCUGCCAAGAGGACCUUGAGAGGGGCACAUCGGAGGAAGCCCUAAAAAAAAUCCAGGAAUUCUUCAACAAGCUGCUUGUGACGGAGAAAUUACUACAUGUGGCUGAGGAUAUCCGGUUUUCUGCGACUGUUGAGGGUCAUCAUUAUUUAGCACAAGGGAACCAGCAAUCUACCACCUUGUACAAAAGGGAGGAUAAAUCAUCAAAUGAGAAAGAUCUUUCAGUGUCUGAGAAAUUAGAAAAGGAAAUGUCUGAAUUUAGGUCAUUCUUAUCCCGUGAACUGACCACUUUGAGGGCGGGUCAAUCACGGGAGAUAAUGACACAGGAACAGCUAGCUAGCCAGGUUGCAUCUCAGGUUCAGCAGAUCAUGACACAGGAGUGGGAGCUGUUCCGCCAGAUGCAUGUCCAGGCUUUACACAAUGCCGUAAGUGAACUGCUGCCGGAGCUGGAACAGAGAGUGUACAAAAACGUUCUCAUGAAAAUCGACGAGGAGCAGGCAUUACUGAGAGUAAAACCUUCAUCGACUGUAACCGUUGUCUAUCCUGUAUCAAAGGAAGAGGAAUCUACAGCCUCCAGUGAGGAUGAAAUCAGUCGGUUACUCAAAAUCAUCCACUCCAAACCAUCCACAAUCCUGAAGGAGGUUAAAGUCGACUAUACAUGUAGUGCACAAGCUCUCAAUUUUUCAAGUUUCUUUGAUGCCAUACAGAAACCAAGAGAUAAAGAAGAAUCUGAGAAAGAAUCGCUAUCUCAUGGUUCCCUUAGAGGGACCUAUGAAAACCUGGUGAAAAUUUGGGGAGAGGAUGGGAUGAAGGUUGUGCAACGCUCCCUGAAAAUGGCCACAGCAGCGACGGAGAAGUUGGACGAUCAUGAGCUUUCUGAUCAGUUUGUUACUGUACUGUGUUUGGAUCUGUCUCACACCAUGGCGGGAACAUUGUUAAAAAAACAAAGAGCAGAGGCAGAGAAAAUUGUAGAAAAUUCUUUGGGUUGGGUUGCCGUGGUUUCCAUUAGUGAUGAGAUCAGGGUGGAGCAAGACUUUACCAAGGAAAGAGACACAGUGAGGAAAGUCGUGGGACAAUUAGAUAUUAAGCCCCUCAGUCAGAAGACCAGUACACCAGUACUACAGGCCAUCUUCACUGUUCUCAAACUCCUACAUCGGAGAGUGAAGUCAACAGACUAUGGGCAAUACCACACUCCUUAUCCCAAGAUUGUUCUUAUUUCUGACGGUCUUUUCAACGACUGUUCACAAGAGACUGAGAAAUCUGCACAGCCGUGUCAGAAGACUGAUGACCUGUUCAGUUCAGUUCUAGAAGUCAUGGCGGCCAUGAACAUUCGAAUACCCAUCCACUUUGUUCCGAUGGGAGAACAGAGAGAUCCAGGUUGCAAGUGGAUGGACAUGGUGAUGGUGGUCAAAGAUGUAAACUAUAUCACCAAUACCAAGGCAACAGAGGCUGUGAUAGGAAGUGUGAUGGAAGCCAUUAUGCGGCCAAAAGAAGCACGGACUCCCUGGAAGUCGUGGCAGAUGAUCAAGAAAGAGCUGAAGGAACAACACAAAGAAAUUGACAGAGUGGAAUGGUUUAUCACAGAGCACUUCAAACAGCCCCCACCAAUCGGAACGCGUGUUCAGGUCGUCAGUACGCUACAUCAGCCAACAGAAUCGGAGCACUUCAAACAGCCUUCAUCACUCACCCUAGGCAUUCCCGAUCAGAGCACUGACGAAGGGUCACUUCCUACAGCAACUGUUCUACAGCAUGUCAAAGGACAAAAGGCCAAACAAGUUACAAAAACCAAAUACGUUCUUGUUGUCCUGGAUACAGGGGAGAAGCAGUUCUACCCGUGGAGUUUUGACCAGGAAAGGCUGAUGUUUUACCAGAGGACAGUGAAAUCUGCUACAGGAGCACUUCCUGUUGGAACUCUCGUCCGUCGAGGCAGUCACUGGAAUUACAAAAACCAAGAUGGUGGUCCAGAUGAGAUAGGGGUGGUCAUCAAAAAUGAGAAAUUUGGAGGAGGAUCUGUAAAGGUGUGUUGGCGUUCUCACCAGGCUGACCAGGAACUGAAUGUAUACAGAUAUGGAGACCAGGAUCGCUAUGACAUUGAAGUCAUAAAAUUACCUCUGAUUGACUUAGCAGGAUUGAUAGAUUUGAAUUAUCGGAUUUGCGAGAUGCGUGGUGAGACAUUGCAGGGGGUCGGUGUUCUACAGCGUGAGGAGAGUGUGGCCCGGAACAAGACCAGUCGCGUGAUACCAGACGAUCCAUAUAUGGAGUAUUCAAUAUUUAAGAUAGAAUUUUGCAGGGUUUAAAAACUCAUGCUAUCAUAGUAAUCUAAAACACUCAAAACAGAAUUAACAAAAAUUUAGAUUCAUUAUAGUUUUCAUUGUCUAUCUGUCCACAAUGUUUGUAAGUAACUGCAACUGAAUUUCAAACAGUGGCUAGCUAUCUGAUAAAGAUGUAUCGGUAACAAACAUUUCUGCAGCAAGCAUUCACAUACUAUUUGUCUGUGUAAGGUCUAUUUGUCAGUCAUAUCAUCAAUCUUGGAAACUGAAGGAUUAAUUAUUAUGUUUUAUAUUUCUAGAAUAUCGUGAAUACUGGACCGGUGUGGACGAUGGGACAGCACCAUGACUCCAUUCAGAAGGAAAUGUGUCAACUCAUCAGUUUUUUUAAAUUUGUAUAAUUUGUCAAUUAAAGUGCUAUUGAAUUGAAA